AUGGAGAAGCAACUAGAGGAGCUGAAGCAGCAGCUAGAAAAGCAAUGUCUCAUCAACAAGGAGCUGCAGAGGCAAAACAAAGACCUGGAACAACGACUGCAAGAGAAAGAAACACUUUUGCAGGAUCUGCAGAGUCAAUAUCAUGAUCUGGAGUUUCCGUCCCAGAGCAGUAAUGAGAUUGACCCGGAGGUCAGGAAGAGCCGUGCGGCUGUCAUUGCCCCCGAACCAAUCCCUGAAACCCUGAAUAUUGCACGCACCAGGGUCAAGAAAACUGCCAGUGAGACAAAUCUGAUUGUAAAAGCCAUCCAGAAGAAUGACUUCCUGAGCCGCCUCGAUGAUGAGCAAACAGCCAUGAUGGUGGAUCUCUUAACUGUUUCUAACUUCAACCCGGGCGAAGACGUCAUUAAAGAGGGCUCUGAAGGAGACAGCAUGUACAUAGUGGCAGCUGGUGAGCUCCGUGUCACACAGACAGGUCGGGACCUCCGCACUCUAACCACUGGUGAUGUGUUUGGGGAGUUGGCCAUCCUGUACAAUUGCAAACGGACAGCAACAGUCAAAGCAAAGACAGCAGUGCGUCUGUGGAGCAUGGAGCGUCAGACGUACAGGACGAUCAUAACCAACAAGUCCAAGAAGAAACGUGAGCAGCUGAUGGGUUUCCUGAAGACGUCCCGUACUCUAAAGGACCUGAAUGAUGUCCAGUUGUCCAAAAUCAUUGACUCAAUGGAGGAGGUGAAGUACCAGGACAAAGAUGUUAUAGUCCGAGAAGGAGCAGAAGCAAACACAUUCUACAUCAUCCUCAAAGGAGAGGUCCUGGUGUCUAAGAACGUGAAUGGGCACCAGAAGCAGAUUCGUAGGAUGGGGAAAGGGGAGCAUUUCGGGGAGCAGGCCCUCAUACGUGAAGUCUUGAGAACUGCCACCUGCACUGCUGAUGGCCCUGUUACCUGCUUCUCCAUUGACAAGGAGGUAUUUGAAGAGACAAUUCCCAUAGAGCACCUGGAGCUGUUUGAUGACUCCAAAGUGCUGCAGGAGGCACAAGCUCCAGAGAAGUCGAGUCCCAGCUCCACUCUGAGGUUUAAGGAUCUGGUUCCUAUGUUGUAUCAGGAGGGCCGCUAUCAAGGAGAUCCUGUCACGCUUGGAGUGGGAGGGUUUGGCCGUGUUGAGCUGAUGACCACAGUGAAUCAUGGGGCAUAUUAUGCCAUGAAGCGAGUCGGCAAGAAGCACAUUGUUGCCAAGAGACAGGAAGAGCACAUGCUGUUUGAGAAGAAGAUCCUUAAAGUCAUCCAGUGUGACUUCAUCGUCAGGCUUCAUGCUGCUUUUAAAGACACACGAUACAUUUACAUGGUCAUGGAGUUCUGUGCUGGAGGAGAGAUCUGGACCAAACUCAAAGAAGUAGGGCGUUUUGACGAGCCCAUCGCUGUGUUCUGCACUGCCUGUGUGGUGGAGGCCUAUGCCUACCUCCACAAGAAGAACAUCAUGUACAGAGAUCUGAAGCCUGAGAACCUGAUGCUAGACGUAAAGGGCUAUGUCAAACUGGUGGACUUUGGUUUUGCCAAGGAGAUGGUGCGUGGUGAGAAAACCUACUCAUUUGUCGGUACUCCUGAGUACAUGGCCCCUGAGAUCAUCAAGAACCAGGGACAUGAUUUUGCAGUUGACUUUUGGUCCCUUGGCAUCCUGAUUUUUGAGCUACUGGUGGGAAGCCCUCCGUUUUCAAGUUCAGAGCCUCAGAAGAUUUAUGCCAAGAUUUUGGACGGGGUGCUCAAGUAUCCACCUUACUUGAGUGAGGCAGCCAAGUCCAUUAUCAGCAAACUGUGCAGACCUCGGCCAGGUCAGAGGUUAGGAAACACAAAAAAUGGAAUCAAAGAUGUCCGUAAUCACAGGUGGUUCAGCAGUAUGAACUGGCACAAGCUGCGUGUGGGUCAGCUCAACGCCCCCACAGUCCGACUCAUACGCAAGGGCCCCUGCUACAUCAACUUUGAUCGUUUCCCUCUUGAUCAGACUAAAGCAGAGGAGGAGUUCUCUGGUUGGGACCGUGACUUCUGAUAUUAAAGGAUCAAGGCCAAAAGAGUUUUCCACAUCACUCAAAUAUGGAACCAAAUCAGAAUAACCUCACUAAGCCAAAACAUGGUUAAGGCCAAAUGAUGGUAGUAGUAACGUCAUACUUCAAUAACCAUAACCCAUUUCAUACUAAUUUAAACAUUCAAUUAGAGUUGAACUGCAGGAAAUCACAACUUCCAAAAUAUUUAUUAAAGCUUCUCUGUUGCUAUAGAGAGACAACCAUCUAGGUGGCAAAGGGCCAAAAGCAAGUGGAGGUGUUAAGACAAGAUGUUAGGACGUUCUGUUUCCAAAUUCAGCGAAGGGAGAUUUGGUGCUUGAUGAAGAAGUGUUGAUAACAUCAUCCAUAUAACACUCCUCACUGAUUAGAAUAAAACACACAUCUGAGUGCUUGCUAGCUGAGAAAAAAAAAGGCUUGAGUCAUAUUGUACAAUCUGGACAAAAGGCUGGCUCAUAUCAAACCUGACAAUUACAUACUGUUGUCAGAUAUGUAUUUUUCUCCAAUGUUUAGUGUUCUUUUGGAUCUAUGUUGGUUUUAAAGAUGAACCAUGCUUAAGUGCUUAUAGCAAAGCUGUUAAAUGCUUUCAUUUUGUUAAAGUUGCUGUUUUUUUAUUAUAAACUGUCACUUUCUUGUGUUUUGUUUCUUUGUUUUCUCUUUUCUUGCCCACAUUUCGUGGGCAGAUUAGUUUCACGCACCUUGAUUGUAAUUCAUACAUCAUCAUAAGAUCAUAGAACAUCGUGAUGAACAUUUUUUACAUGACUCAAGUUUAGUAAAUAAAAGUGCUCUUAUACGCUUUA